AUGGGCUGGCUGGAUAAUGUGUGAUCUAUAGGGUUUGCUCGUGGCCCAGCUGUUCUGGGGUUGGUUCUGUGGGGUUCCAGCCUCUGUAAGCUGCCCCAUGCGGUGCUGUGUUGGCACAGCUCUGGGGUCAGCGCUGCCAAGGGGCCGGGCAGUGGGGCUGGGGCUGUGCCAGGCUCUGGGAAUAGAAACACAGCAGGACACGGAGCGGGCAAUAUGGGGCUGCUGCUGGUUGUGGUGCUGGCUGCUCUCCUGCCUGGGGUGGCUGCACAGGGGCUGUGGCCGGAUGAACACUCCCACAUCUGCACCUUCCACAGCCUCAGUGGCAAGGACAGCAAGUUCUGCAGAGGCAACGUAGAAGUCAUUUACCCGGAGCUGGGCGACGUGGGCUGCACCUACAUCCCCAGCUGCCAUCAGUCUCGUUGGCGCAUCAGCAGGGAAUGGGGCAGCCCCCAGGUCCGUUACCCACAGGCCAAGAAGAACAAGAAGUACGUGGUGAUGCUGGUGGACCCCGAUGCUCCCAGCAGAGCCAACCCCCGGAACCGUUUCUGGAGGCACUGGCUGCUCACCGACGUCCCUGGCUCAGAGCUGAGGACGGGGGAGAUCAAAGGGCGAGUGCUGACGGACUACACCCGCCCCACGCCGCCGCCCCACAGCGGGUAUCACCGCUACCAGCUGCUCCUGUAUGAGCAGCCCGAGGGGGAACACAUCGCUCUGGGGCCUGAGGAACGAGUCUCUAUGGGUUCCUGGUCCCUGCGGAGCUUCGUGGGUCGCUUCCAGCUCGGUUCCCCCGUGGCCUCGACUCAAUUCCUCACCAAACACCACGAGGAUUAAAGGGGCGCAGACCCUACAACGCUCCUCCAAACCCCAAAUCCCUUUAUAGGACACCGCUAUACGGGGCUCUCAUUGCAUCCCAAAGGUUCCCCAUCUCGAAGCUUUGCUGCUUGUUGAAUUAAACCCCCCGAAUCGAGGGGUCUUCGUAUCCAACCCUGAGCUUCAGGCUGUGACCGCCGGGUCCCGAUGUCACCGAGCGGCGGCACUGGGUCGCGGCGUGGGAGCCGCCGUGGUUCCAUCCUCGCUGCUCUUCUCUUGGAAAGCAAAACCGAAAUUAAAGCUGUAAAUCAGAGGGAGCUCUGCCUGCUCCGCCGGCCCUCCCUUGUCAUUAGCUCUUUAA